AUGUCCCUGUGCAAGAGCUUCGGUAAGGACAAGGUGAUAUUUGCCACCGCCGAGGACCAUGCGACACCGAGCACGGUGGAACUACCGGAACCGGAAGCCAGUCCCGGCCUGAUACUGGAAAACGGGGACAUCAACUGGAACUGUCCUUGCCUGGGUGGAAUGGCAACUGGACCGUGCGGUGUGGAGUUUCGUGAGGCUUUCUCCUGCUUUCACUAUAGUGAAGCACAACCCAAAGGAUCAGACUGUUACGAUGCGUUCAAAACGAUGCAGGACUGUAUGGCGAACUACCCGGGGGUAUACAAGCAGAACCUACAGGACGAAGAGGACGGCGGUAUGGAUUUAGGUGCCGUGCUAGAUGAAGAUGAGGAGGAUCCGGAUAAGCAAACGUUGAAACAGGAUGAUGAAGCGAGUGCUAACGUGAGCAGUACUGCAGGAGGGCAUUCGAGUUCUGGCGCUGGAUCGUCGACAGCGGUUGCACAAAAAAGUUAAAUAGUUUUAUUGAUCCUAUGAAGUAGAACGUUAAUAAAUGAAAAAAGGCGUGGUAUAA